GUCUUUUGCACAGCAGAACCAAAACAAGAGGACCGUAAAGAAGGAGGACCACCGGGAGAAGACCAUCAGAAGAAGACACGGAGUUUAGGAGACAUUAACAGGAUCGCAUUUUUUCAAAGUGAUGAAACUUUUUUGAGUUUUUUUCUCCACAUCUUUUGGGAAUACAUUUUUUUUUUUGCGCACUUCGAACGCGGACAUCCACGUUGGAACUGGGAAGCAGACUCUGAGAAGACAUGGCGCAUCUACACCUGAGAUACCUCUUGGCUUUGGCCUUGGUGCACGUUGUUUUGUCCUCUGGUGUGUUCGAGCUCAAGAUCCAUUCCUUCCACACGGCGCAGCGCAUCUGCAGAAGACACAGGGACUGCCACAUAUUCUUCAGGAUUUGCCUGAAACACCCGGAGGAUGUGAUCUCCGCAGAGCCACCUUGCACCUUUGGCACCGGACACACCAACGUCAUCAGGGCCGAUCACACCUCGAUCUCCAGCAGCGCUCCCAUCAGGGUGCCCUUCCACUUCAAGUGGCCGGGGACAUUUUCAUUGAUCAUUGAAGCUUGGAACGCUGAAUCUCCGACUGAAUACACAGACAACCAAAACAACCUUGUGAGCCGUCUGGCGACCAGGAGGAGACUGGCCAUCGGCGAGGACUGGUCCCAGGACGUGCACUUCGGCGAGCAGAGCGAGCUGCGCUACUCCUACCACGUCUUCUGCGACGAGUACUACUUCGGAGACGGCUGCGCUGAGUACUGCAGGCCGAGGGACGACACGCUGGGCCACUACACCUGCGACGAGGAGGGCAACCGCAUCUGCCUGGAGGGCUGGAAGGGAAACUACUGCUCUGAGCCCAUCUGCUCGGCGGACUGCAGUGAGAAGCACGGCUACUGCGAGGCCCCAGGGGGCUGUACGUGUCGCAUGGGCUGGCAGGGCCCCUCCUGUAAUGAAUGCGUCCGCUACCCAGGCUGCCUCCACGGGACGUGCAGCCAGCCGUGGCAGUGUAACUGUCAGGAGGGCUGGGGGGGCCUCUUCUGCGACCAGGACCUCAACUACUGCACCAACCACAAGCCCUGUGCCAACGGUGCCACCUGCACCAACACGGGCCAGGGCAGCUACACCUGCACCUGCCGGCCCGGCUUCGGAGGCACCAACUGCGAACUGGAGACCAACGAGUGUGACAGCAACCCCUGCAAGAACGGAGGCAGCUGCAAUGACCUUGAGAACGACUACUCCUGCACCUGCCCACAGGGCUUUUACGGAAAGAACUGCGAGAUCAUUGCAAUGACGUGCGCUGACGGCCCCUGCUUCAACGGCGGCACCUGCGUGGAGACGAUGACCGGAGGCUACACCUGCCGCUGCCCUCCCAGCUACACCGGCUCCAACUGUGAGAAGAAGCUGGACCGCUGCAGCAACAGGCCCUGUCUGAACGGUGGUGAGUGUCUGGACCUCGGCCAGAGUGUGCUGUGCCGCUGUCAGGCAGGCUUCACUGGUGCCAACUGCCAGGUCAACAUCGACGACUGUGCCUCAACCCCCUGCCAGAACGCCGGAACUUGCCAGGACGGUGUGAAUGACUACACCUGCUCUUGCACCCUGGGGUACACCGGCAAGAACUGCAGCGUGCGCUCGGACGCCUGCGGCGAACGUCCAUGUCAGAACGGUGGCACUUGCUUCACCCACUUCACCGGGCCAGUGUGUCAGUGUCCCAAAGGCUUCAUGGGUCCCAGCUGUGAGUUCACGCUCCAGCCCAGUUUCAAGCCUGCUUUGCGCCAGACGUCCCAGCCCUCCUCUGCCACCCUCACCAUCUCCUGCGUUCUGGCCGUCCUGGUGCUGGUUCUGGUGGCGGGUAUCAUCUUCUUGCGGAGGAGGAGGAGACUGCAGGGAAGGAAGCAGCUGAGCGACAUCGCGGUCUACAAUGACCUGGAAACGGUCAACAACCAGGGAGGGAGCGAGCGAGAAUCCUUCCUCGGUCCAAACGGCAUGUUCAAGAUCAGCAACAGCACGGCUCGCCUCAGCCUCUCCCUCUGCCCCGAUGGCAGAUCCGGGUACAGGCACAGCCCCGUGGAGAGCAGCCUGGCCAGGGGCGAGCGUCAGGACUUCAUGUGGAGGGACGAGGCCGGCCUGGGGUCCGGGGCGGGGCUCAGAUGAAACAGAGAGAGAACACGGACGUUCACACAGGCGCAGAAGAAUAUUAGCACUUGUUGCUCCUCUCUCUUCAUGCACAGUGAGGAGAGGAGCAGAUCCAUGAGCCGAAAAUAAGUGCUCCGCUCAUGAUGAAGAUAAUGUACCAUUAAAAAUGUAAACAAAAGUAACUCAUUAUUGACAAAUGAACUAUUGUGAUGAAGACGAUUUACAAAGAUUAUUCAGAAAGUAUAUGGGGCAAAGCUCUUCCAUGUUUAAGACCCAAAGAAACUAAUAACACGAACCACUUUUCAUGGACCUACAACACAAACCAAAUACAGGAAGUCACAAAACUCUGACCACCUCUGGAAAACCUGCCCAAAAAUAAUAUGUUCCAUUGGGUUUUUGAUUUGAAUAUGUUCACUUUGUUUAAUUGUUUCCCUUUUUUUUUCUUAAAAAAAAAACGCAGAAUUUUGGUUUUGCUUUUCAAUCUCCCUUUUUGCCAUUAUUUCCUUAUUGUGCGCACCAUCAUUUUUUAUUCUUUAUAUUAUUUAUUUAUUUGAAAACUUAUGUUUAUGGCUUCACUUUGAUUGUCACAGAUGUAGAUCUAUAUAUUUAUAUGAUGCUGAAUGAAGAACCGACGCUUGAUGUUGUACCUGGAUGUUUUAUGGGCUGUGAGGGCUGCGUGAAAUAUCCCAAAGAUGUUCAAUGCAGGGAUAUAAAGAGAGAGUGUGUUUGAUCACACAAAGUCAGCCAUUACUGUAAUUUAUAUAUAUAUAUAGCUUAUAUACUACUGAUCACGUUGCUCCUUCAUGUGCCAUUUUGUGUUCAUGCCAAAGUUUGUGUUACGUCACGUUUUCAUCCAUAUUAUUUAAGUUCAUCAUGUCGUGGUUGUGAUGUGGAAUAAAAUAUUGC